UUACUGCAGAUCAUUAAAUAAUACUUAUUUUCUGUACUGUAUGUAACUAAUGCAUGUUAAUUCAUUAUAUUACCAACAUUUUCUUAAUGUACGAGUAUGUUUCGUCGUUGAAGGACUCUGAGUCGAUUUUUGGACUUGAUUUCGAGCUCGAAAAAGAGUUUUAACACUGUAUCAUUACAUGUGAAAUGGGGUACUCUGAUCCUUGCUGAAAAGUGGACGGUAUACGGUGCUUCUUGUCCGGCCACCCGACCCUCUGUAAAAUUGAAGGAAAGGAGUCAACACCAUCCAAUGGUGUUCUAUUAAGGCCCAAUUACUCUUCAUGGUAAGAGUUAUCUUCACUGGUUAUAGUAGUUUGUGCGAUGAGAAAUGUUUCACUGCGCGAUAAGAGUUGUUUGGUUGAUCUGAUGGUAGGAUCCAAUUUUCGUGCUUUUUGGGAAUGACCACAAGAGGUCACCAAGUCCAUUUUAAUAUAGCCUGAAAGUUGACUUCUGAAAGUAACCGCUUUUUGAAUCCUUGGGUAGCGAAAAUAAUGUUCAACAAUUUUAUUUUCAUUAAAAAUGUUAGAACUUGUAAUUAUUUCUGCACACCUUGGGUUCCGAUUUGCGCGUCCAUGUAAACUUCUUAAAAUCACAAGAUAGAGACAAAAGGACACCCAUGGGCUUCAAUUUUGUUUGCAUACAGUGGAUGGAACGUGCCCACUGUAGCUUUUACAAGCCAGCGGUUAAGUCAUACUGCCUGAAGAAACUAAUCAAAUCUAGCUUCAUGCAAGGGCGCUAGGUCAAGCAAAAUCGAGGACGAAAUAUGUGAUUCCCUGUUGGAAUCAUAACAUUUGUCCAUUUAAGUUAGUCACCGAUUUCUUGUUAACGUCAUUGCCAAGCAGGUGUUUUCUCCGUUUGUGAUGCAUGACGUAUACCGAAUAUUUGCAUACGAAGGCCUGCCUAGCAACGGUUUAGAGAGAGGCGAGCUCGCUAACGUGAACAGACGCUGACUGAAUUGACUCGUCAUCGUGGUGAGGGGAUUAACUGAGUUCAUUCCAAUUUCCUCUUGAUGUUUAUGAUUAUGAUAUUCGCUAUAACUGGUUUAAAAACAUUGUCAUGAACAAAAGAGUGUAAAAUUUCAAUUGGUCUUAAUUCUCAACGAUUUCAAGGACAGAUAGAAGUUGGUCAUUUUGCUUUUAUAUAAGCUGUACACGUGACUUGCCACUCGGCGUAGCGCAACUACAGCUCCGAGACUUUGAAGAUAUAUCUUUUGACGCAAUGGACGGUGACGGUGUUCAGAUGAACGGGCUACAGCCCAAGAAAAGAAGCAUUAAUCAAGAGUACUCCCUGGGCAUGGACGCCGAAGACAGACAGAGUGAGACAAAGGCUAGUCGUGGUUGGCGAGUCCAUCUCAAUGCCGAGAAUGUCCUCCUGUGCCUGUUAAUCCUAUCCGUCGUUCUUGGGUUUGUGGUUGGUUAUGUUCUGAGCGUGAACGUGGAGUUGAUGGACGAACACAUCGACUACCUUAGCUUCCCGGGUAAACUCUUUAUGAAUAUGCUGAAGAUGAUGAUCAUUCCAUUGAUCGUGUCCAGCUUGAUCGCCUCACUGGCUGCCCUUGACUCUACUAUGUCAGGGAAGCUAGGCUACCGUGCUGUCAUCUACUACAUGGCGACCACACUGCUAGCUGUGGCACUCGGUAUCUUCCUUGUGCUUGUUAUCAAUCCAGGGGGGAGGUCUAACAACGAAGUGGAUCCAAAUAAGAAGAAGGAAGAAGUCAACAUCGUCUACGCCAUCUUAGAUCUGAUUUUGAAUAUGUUUCCCUCCAAUAUCGUCGAAGCCGCCUUCCGAACGUACAAAACGGCCACAGAAAAGGAAGUCGUCCCCGUUUCAGCUCUGACUUCAUCUGACCUGCUUGGGCUGACCUUGAUGUCUGGAAUAACCCUAAACCAGUCUUUUGUGAUGGUUAGUGAUAGCAUGGCCGCUGUGAGAUCGAAGACGAUGGAAAUGGCUGGCAUGCGGCUAAACGGGACAGUCGUGGUGACGGACAUGAAUGAGUUUAUACGCAGUAUGGGCGGUAGCGCCGAUUCUUUAGAGAGCUUUGUAGGAGAAGUCAAAGCCAUUACUCCAUCUCCACUAGAUACUGCUGAUCUGGAGAACGACUUGGCGAACCUCAACACCACCCUUACGGACCUCAUCCUCUAUACAGACCAACUAGACACUGAAGAUUAUCUCCAUGGCGACAACAUCACACACUUGCAGAUGAGUGUUGCCAAUGUAAUUAGCGUGACUACCAAUGCACAGAAGAAGGUGCUAAAGAUACUAACGAUCCUUGACGGCACGAAUGCCUCAGAAUCCAUGCUCCAGGAAAUUACUACGUCUCUUCUAGAAAGUAUCAGGGCCACGACUGGCUCAUUGUAUCUGGUGGAUGGAGGCCUGAGAGGAAUGAUAAUCCAAAAAAUUAAUACCAAUCUCGACAAACUCUGGGAUGUACUCAAAACGCAUGGGUCAGCAUCACAUGAAUUAAACAAGCAGGCCAGCAAACUAACGGUAUCUGCUUUAAGCCUGACCGCCACUGUCAUGGAUGACGUGGAUGCUAAGCAGGUACUGGCCGUAGGACAUCUUACCAACAACCUAGCACAGCUGACGGUGAACAUAAUGUUCCUCAUGGAUACGGACAUAAAAAAUGAAAUGAUGGACGGCGAGGGCGUCAUGAUGGAUGUAAAAGUCUUAAUCACCAAUCUCACGAUGAUUCUGGCUGAGGUCUCGAACAUUAUCCAUUCACCACACAGCAUGGUAGCCACUGACAUCAUGGAGCUGAACGCGCUGGUGAGGGAUAUCACCUCCACGACAUCUGAUCUUGAAAACAUCGUGCAGGAGGCUACCAACUACGUGGUCAGCAGACAAAUCAUUGGGGAAGAGUCUGUGACCAAGGUGACGUACGUUGGCACAUAUGUGUUUCAGAUGAACAUUAUGGGAUUGGUGGUUUUUAGUACUGUGUUUGGCGUUGGCCUCGGGCGCAUAAGUGAGACGGAGGAAGGAAGGAUUCUAACUUCAUUCUUCUCGGCUACAAACACAGUUGUCAUGAAACUUGUGAAAGCAUUGAUGUGGUACGCCCCUUUGGGUAUCUUCUUUCUGAUCGUCGGAAGUAUGGCUGAAGUUAAUGACUGGGGCAGUAUUUUAGCCCAGUUAGGUUUGUACAUUGCCACCGUCCUGGCGGGCCUUGCUGUCCAUGGCUUGAUUGUCCUACCCAGCCUGUACCUGAUCAUUACUCGCAAGAACCCCUUCAAGUAUCUGAUGAAAUUGUCUCACGCUCUGGUGACAGCUUUGGGGACUUCUUCGAGUUCGGCAACGCUUCCUGUCACAACACGAUGUUUAGAAGAGAAGAACAAUGUAGAUAGCCGGGUGGUUCGCUUUAUGCUACCAGUGGGAGCGACAAUCAACAUGGAUGGGACCGCCUUGUACGAGGCAGUGGCUGCCAUCUUCAUUGCUCAAAUGAAUAACGUGACGCUCAACGUAGCACAGAUAAUUACCGUGAGUUUGACGGCAACUUUUGCAAGUAUUGGUGCAGCUGGUAUCCCGCAGGCCGGGCUGGUAACCAUGGUAAUUGUUCUUAGCGCCGUUGGCUUGCCAACUGAUGACAUAGCUCUUAUUCUUGCUGUGGACUUUAUUUUGGACCGAAUUCGAACCAUGAUCAACGUUGAGGGCGACGCAAUUGGCACAGGGAUCGUAGCACACCUUUCCAGGCAUGAUCUUGUUAAAGAAGACGUUAUCCAACAGGGCACUGAAGAUAACGUUGUGUUUGGGAACAGGUAUGCUAUGAAUGGGGGCGAGGUAGCAGGCGUUGAAGCUACCAAUGGAGCGUCUAUUAUAUCUACUCUCUAUGAACAAACUAACAUGUGAACGCCUGAUGAAAUCAGACCCGUUGCGAAGGCCCAUGUUAAGUGUUGAGAAAAGCACACAGAUUUAUCAUUUGUUCUGGGGAGGGGUAAAGGAAGAGGGCUGUAGUGGGGAGAGGCGCUAGUCAUAUUGCAUGGGGCACUGGUGUAACGGAAAGAAUCGAUCAUAAGUCGGUGCGUAAAAGCGUGUGGCGACCUAACACUUGUAAUACUCACAAGAAUAUAAUAUCAAAUCAGUGCUCUGACAUACGUGAUUGCCAAAACUUGUAAUACUCAUAUACGGUACUGUAAGAUGGAAACCCCACUGUUGGAAGUGGUCAGCUCUACAGUACUUGCUGACUGUGGAGUCACCUCUGUUUCGGCUGAAGUUGAAGGAAAAUAAAUAAGUUCUUUUAGCUUUCUGUACUGCUUUAAAUAGUUAAUGAAUUAUUUUCCUCUUUCCAAAUGUAACCAUUAAUUAUUAUAGGUCACAAUUAUUAUAAGUCUCAUGGUGUAGAGUAAUUAAAAGAAAAAUAAAACCUUCUAGUAAAAAUGUUGUUUGAGAUCAGCAAAAAGUACAAGUGAUAAUAAGGAUAGUUGUUAUUUGUUGUGUAUUAAAAACUAUACUAUUACAUUCACGACGGGAGAAGUUUAUGAAACAUAAAAUCAUCGUCAACAGUCUGCAUCAAACGUAUAUGCUUUUGCAUCCGUAUACGUUCGUGUGUAUUUCGUCAGUGUGUUAUUAUAUUUAAAUGCUGUAGUCAAAGAAAUGUAAUUCACAGACUGGAAUUAUGUCUGCAGAAAGCAUUUCAGGUUUGUUAACGAUGUGGGCUAUUUUACUUAAUUACCAUCUGAAUCUUGAAGUCAAUUGCUUAAAGUGUCGUAGGGCAAUGUGAGCACGAGUCCACGUUGUGACGGACUCGGAUUCGGGCCCAGAGAUUACUCUGACCAUAGCACUCUUGAUAAAAGUGACAUUUUAUUGAUUGUACACAAACCAUCGCUCCUAAUGAUUCGUGCACAAACCGGAAUGAGCCAAUAAGAAAAUGGCGAUGAUGGUCCAUGUACUGACAGAUGUGACCAAUAAGAGAGCACAUAAUCUCCCGGCGGGCCAGGGAUCGAAGGUGAUUGUGCAACUCUUAUUGGCCAAGUUCUAUUAGUGCGCAAACUAUGCGCGCCGUUUCCUUAUUGCCUCAGUCCAGUUUGUGCACAAGCCAUCAGUACCGAUGGUUUAUGUCAAUCAAUAAAGUGUCACUUUUAUUGAGAGUGUCCGAGUAAUGCGGCUCUUGAAUGAAUUCUUUUUAGCAUCCUAAGCAGCCUUUCUAUGUAAAAUGAGGAAACAAAUAGGAACAGGUUGACUCCUGGUAAUGCGAGCUCGGGUAAGACGAGACUCCGGUUUAGACGAGCAAUUUGCCCGUCCCGACUGAAUUGUGCACAUUCCUAUGAGGGAAAAAUGCGUAAUACGAGCUCAGAUGUUACGAGAUUUCGGUUAAGACGAGCAUUUUUUUUGUGCACUGGCCGAGUGCAAAUCUAUUGUUAUCUGUCUAUUUAGCGCAAGCUUUUUUGAAGGCAACUUGUCAAUCAGCCAGUCCAUUCAAUUUUGAAAAGGGCCUCCGCAAUUUAUGCGCAUACAGUUGAACAGCGCUGCGGCUUUCCCUCACCGAAUCAAACAAUGGGCGUUUGCGGUUCCUGUACCAAGCCCAGAAAUUCCUUCUGGCGGCUCUCGUACCGCCCGAACAAAGGCGAGUGCCGCCAAAAGUGCCGCGUUGUUUAGGACAGUGGUGAACAAAAGAAAUCUUUCGUUUGAUUCCCCGCCCCCCCCAAAAAAAAUCCCCCAAACCAAUGCCCCAAGGAAACUAAUAAAAAUUGUGUUCCGUAUAACAACUGGCCCCCAUAAUGCCCACCCCCGUCAAAAAAUCAUAACCCGCUCCCCAGCGUAACAUGAAAAUAUCGCCCCGUCCGAAUUUGAAAUUUCUAUAAAUUCUCAAGAAAAUCAUGACUAAACCGUGGUUUUCAGUCCAAAAAAUAUUUAAGAAAAUUACAUCCAAAAGUUUUGAAGAAAAAAGUGUAUCUCUCGCUAUUAAUUUUUCACCGAACCCACAAGCCUUUCCAAAGUAAAAUCCCAUAUUUCCCCUGUACUGUCCACACCACUAACAGCUAGUUUUCUCCCAUAUUAUGUGCAAUAAGCGCAGCUCUGGUGUUGGUUACCAACUAAAAUAUGAAUAUACAUACGUUAAGCGCUUGCAUGUGGGUCUCAUCACUCUAACACUUUCGUACCGUUUCCAUCUAAAGGGGGAUGCUUUGCCCAUAAAACGCAAGGUAUGUUGAGUUCUUAUUUGGCCAAACACUUUUCCAAGGACAAUAGAAUUCCUAUCUUUUAUUUUAAUAGUAACAAAGUGUCAGGCUGUAGCCAGGCAGCAUUGGCCGACUGCAUGAAAUUUUUAUUUCAUGUAACGUCAUGUGCACUGUUUUGUUCUUGUCCCAUCAACUGAAGUUUUGAAGUUAAAGGUUGUUUGCAAACUCACAAAGCAAUUACUUUUAAUUACCAUGUCGGCAGUAUCACAAGCAACUGAAACACUUGAUAUUAGUUCAUGAGUUGUACAUUUAAAACACAGAAUCAGAGGGCGUUUUGCUCUAUCCUGCAAGCGUAACUGCACGGUGAUCUUGUAUACUCUGUGGAGCAGACUUGCAGUUUAAUUUUAAGAAAUAAAUGAAUUUUUAAUUUGAAAAUUACAGCUUAAAACAUUUCUUUCUAAAGACUCUUUUUUGUAGUUAACUUGCCUAACAUUUCUUUCUGGACUCUUUCUGUUUUGAAGUUAAAGUAUAUGGAUUUUACGUAGUUUUUAUGUAGCUUUUGGAAAUGAUUUUCUUAUAAAUUUUCCAGAAUAAUUAAUCUAUUAAGAAUAAUUUUGUGCCACUUGGAAAUGUCAGUCCCCAUUUUUUCAUAUCCACAAGCACAAUAUUCAUAAUGGGACCAUGGGACCACUAAAUAAAACAAUAAUUAUACCAGAUGGUUUGAAGUAAUUCCUUUUCAGUAAAGACCUCGAAACGACGAACACACACACGACAUAGGCCUAUGGGGAACCAUGUGUGGCUGGAAUAUUACUAGUGUCCUAACCGCUUGAUUUUUGAGGUCGAAAUUUGACUCCCAAAAUUCCUUCCUUCUACAGUCACCACAAAACCUGCAUGUUUUGAAUGUAUGGCUGUGUCAAAAAUAUAAUCUAUUUUCAAAUGAUCUUUCCCAAUAUAAACAUUUUGUAUAUGGAAGGCGUUUUGUAUCCCAAAAAGGAAGGAACAAUCCUGGACGACAUGUCUAUUUUCGUACGUUUUCAUGGGUGCCACUUCAUGAAAAUUUCAACUCUACAAGUAAUACUCGAUCGAGUACGAAUGAAAACUUCAGAAGUCACGAAUGUGUGUUUUAAAAUCAAAGUCUGUUAAAGUUUACAUCACUUUUAGCCGCUGCACCUUUACCAUUUAGCACGUAUUUCCACAGUGUGAUUGAAUGCUACUUAUAUAUCUCACUUGUAUAUACAAUUGAUACGAAGGUUUAGUGGCACAUAAAGUCUUGUAAUCAUUCUGUAUUGCAUAUCAUAUGUGUAUGCUUUACCUGUGAUUAUUUACUAUGAUACAAGUAGUUUUCAUUAUUUGAAUUUAACUGAUUUUAUCUCAAUCACAAUUGCGUUUUACUGUAUACCUGAAUUUCACCUCUGCAUCUUAUAGCAAUAAACUUGUCAAGUAUAUAACUUUUGUUAUUUACAAACCAACGUGUCAAUUUGAAUUAAAGGAAUGAAAUCAACGGUAAGGCUUAUGCUAGUGAAGCCAUCCAUUUUUCUCAUCAUUUUCCUGAGCUUAAUAUAUAAAUUUAACAUUAAUUACGUUUUUAAAGCACCAAAUCUGUCAUCAAAUAGAAUAGGCGUUGUACAUCAUCAAAUGUAAUUCAAAAACACCUAAGACAGUUUCUGAGCCAUUCGUAUUGGUCGGAAGCCGAUCACGUGGCCAGUCUCAAACGGCUGAUAAAUCACCGGCUCGCAGAAGCACACACCGUUAGCAGAAGGGUGUGUUUGAAAAUAAAAAGAAUUUAAACUCGUUUUGACUGUCUAACUGAGAAGGUAUUUAUGAAUCUGAAUACAUAUGUGUCUGGCUGGUCUUCUUAUGAGAGUGGACGCUUAGUCGCGUCAAGGCUGCAUCAAAAUCUGUUAUCUAGAGCUAGAUCUACAUCUUCGCUUCAUUGGAAAUAGCUCUGGAAGUCCAUUUCGGAAACGACCUAUUAGACCAACCAUGCUUAUUAUUUUUCCCUCAUUACAAGCUCACAGUGUACGCUGCUAGCUGAGCACAAAUUGUGAACUGGGGGAUGGAGCUAAAAUGGUC